AUGACAUCGUGGACGUAUUCUUUAUUCUGCGAUACAAUACAAACAUCUUAAAAUAGAAACCUACUAAAACAAACAUACACCAUCUAUCAGCCCGUCCGACGCCAUUUAAACAGGCCGGACCGUAAAGGUCUUUGAACAUGCGCAGUAGCCUAGUUACUGUGUACAUACCCCGGCCCUCUAGUACAGCGGCUGAGCUGUCAGUUGCGCGCCGGUGUGGAGAAUUACCGUGAACCCGCUUUCCCACGGGUGAUCGCUAAUGUUUUUUUGGAGCAGAGGGGCUCUGUUGCACACGCGCACAAUAUAAAUAGAAAACCACGGAGAAUGUGACGACAGCAGGAGUGGACUACCGAGGCAGAGGCAGACUACCGAGGCAGACUGAGCCGUGAAUGCAAAUGGGAGUAGUGAUAGGAAUUGGCAGCAGAAGGGCUAGAAAUGAACUAUUUUUUGCUGCGCCUAGUUUGGGAUUUACUUUUGUUUUGGGGCUUUCAGACCGUGUACAGUUGUAACUUUUGACUUUUUCAAAAAUAUAUUUUUUAGGGGUUGGUUUAGGAGGCCUUUAGUGUAAGUGACUGAUAAGCUGUGUGUGUUAUCGUGUGAUAUUACUUACGAUUGACAAGCUACACCGGAGAUCAGGACAACCCCAACGCACUCGAUCUAGCCGACACACGGUCGAUAGAAAGACCCUAACUUCCUGCCAAGCUUGUCUGGUGCAAACGGAUACUCUCUCCCCUCUCUUCGUUUUUAGGGCUGAUAAACUAGCCGCAGGAAGGUCUUGGGUGACACAUGUGAUUGUAAUGACCCUCCUACCCUUCUUACAGAAAUGAUACAAUGAUAUGUGAGCGGAUUGUAGGUGUGUGUGAGCUGCAGUGUUGUUACGUUGUAGCAGAGGAAGGCUUCUCUGAGGUUCGGUGCACGGCUACUUCCUGGUACAACAGAGAGAGGCAGUGCUGAGUUAAAAACACCAAAUAGACACAUACUGAGAAGAGGAAAGGAACGAGAGAAACACUUGGCCUGUUUCCAUGAAUCUAAACCUUCGUUAUCUUGUGUAUAUCUCUGUUAUUUCAACGAUUCGAGGGAUUUUGAAGGGGCGAAUCAAGAAUUUGUUUGGAUGCCGAGGGAAGGUCCUGUUGGUUGGGGCUAAAAAGGAAUCGUAGCGGGGAGGAAGAACAUAGCCCUCCCAACGGCGGAGAAACGUCGCACAGGUUUUCUUUCACACCAUUGUUUAAAAAAAACAACAUUUAUUAUUAUAACGUCUUAGUGUAUUUAAUAUUUUCGAUAGACGAGGUAAGUUAACGGAAGAUAUGGGUUGUUUGGGCAACAGCAAGACUGAAGAUCAACGCAUCGACGAAAAGGCACAACGAGAGGCGAAUAAAAAAAUUGAAAAACUGUUGCAAAAAGAAAGACAAGCAUAUAAAGCGACGCACCGGCUGUUAUUAUUGGGUGCUGGAGAGUCCGGGAAAAGUACUAUUGUGAAACAGAUGAGGAUUCUACACGUCAAUGGUUUUAAUGCAGAGAGUUCUUUGAUCAUGCCAAGAAGCUGUGGGAUGACGAGGGAGUGAAGGCGUGCUUCGAAAGAUCCAACGAGUACCAGCUCAUCGACUGUGCACAAUAGUAAGUUCUGUCUCCAUCACAAAGCAUUGUUGGUUUGGUUGGUUGUGGGAGCUCCUAAAGAUAUGCCUAGCUAUCGGUUGGUUGUGGGAGCUCCUAAAGAUAUGCCUAGCUAUCAGUUGGUUGUGGGAGCUCCUAAAGAUAUGCCUAGCUAUCAGUUGGUUGU